UAAAAUCUGUAAUCCUCUUUUCAAGGUAUUUUUCAUGGUUUGCUUGCACGAGCUGCUCUUCUUCUUCCACAGUUCCAAUUUGAUAGCCAACUGAGAGAAAAAUGCUGAGGAUUCCCGCAACUCCAAUGGGUAUUCUCAUGGGAACAACUCUUGUAAUCUGCUGCUGCGGAUUAAUGUCUGUAGCUGAGGGAAAAACGUACGUGAAAUACAGAGAUCCCAAACAACCACUGAAUGCAAGAAUCAAGGACCUAAUGAGGAGGAUGAGCUUGGAGGAGAAGAUUGGCCAGAUGGUGCAGAUUGAGCGCAGCGUUGCGUCGGCCGAGGUCAUGAAGAACUACUUCAUCGGAAGUGUACUGAGUGGCGGUGGGAGUGGUCCGGCUAAGCAUGCUUCGGCUAAAAGGUGGAUCAAGAUGGUGAACAAAUUCCAGAAGGGUUCGAUGUCAACUCGACUAGGAAUCCCUAUGAUUUAUGGGAUUGACGCUGUUCACGGUCACAACAAUGUUUACAAGGCAACAAUAUUCCCUCACAAUAUUGGGCUUGGAGCUACAAGGGACCCUGAACUAGUCAAGAAAAUUGGGGCUGCUACUGCUUUGGAAGUUAGAGCUACAGGCAUCCAUUAUGCUUUUGCACCAUGUAUAGCGGUCUGCAGAGAUCCAAGAUGGGGACGGUGCUAUGAAAGCUAUAGUGAAGAUCCCAAGAUUGUUGAAGCGAUGACUGAGAUUAUACCCGGAUUACAAGGAGAAAUUCCUGUUAAUUAUCGGAAAGGUGUCCCCUUUGUCGCUGGCAAAACAAAGGUUGCUGCAUGUGCUAAACACUACGUGGGUGAUGGAGGCACGACAGAAGGCAUCAAUUCCAAUAACACAAUUACAAGCUGGCAUGGAUUGCUAACAACUCACAUGCCGCCCUACUACCACUCCAUCAUCAAAGGUGUGGCGACCAUUAUGGUCUCUUACUCCAGCUUGAAUGGCGAAAAAAUGCACGCUAACCGCAAUCUGGUUACCGGUUUCCUCAAGAACACCCUUCAUUUCAGAGGUUUUGUCAUUUCAGAUAUGGAGGGGAUCGACUUUAUAACUAGUCCACCUCAUGCUAACUACACUUACUCCAUCCAAGCUGGAAUUCAAGCUGGCAUUGACAUGGUUAUGGUUCCCUUCAACUACACUGAAUUUAUUGAUGGUCUAACGAUGAUGGUUAAGAAGAGGAUCAUAACCAUGAGCCGAAUCGAUGAUGCAGUGAGGAGGAUUUUAAGGGUGAAGUUUGUGAUGGGUCUGUUUGAAAACCCAUUCGCUGAUCGUAGUCUUGCCAACCAGCUAGGACGUCUGGAACACAGAAAACUAGCUAGGGAAGCAGUGAGAAAAUCUCUUGUGCUGCUGAAGAAUGGUGUAUCCGCAGACAAGCCAUUGUUGCCGCUUCCAAAAAAGGCGUCAAAAAUACUUGUUGCAGGAAGCCAUGCUGAUAAUCUUGGCUACCAGUGUGGUGGGUGGACAAUGGAGUGGCAGGGAGUGAGUGGCAAUAACCUUACAACUGGUACGACAAUCCUAACUGCUAUAAAACGGACCGUUGAUCCAACAACAGAUGUCGUCCACAAAGAGAACCCCAGCUCUCACUAUGUCAAGUCCGGUGAAUUCUCCUACGCAAUUGUUGUGGUAGGAGAGCACCCAUACGCUGAGACAAACGGCGACAGCUUGAAUUUGACGAUCCCUUACCCUGGUCCAAGCACCAUUAGAAACGUUUGUGGGUCUUUGAAAUGUGUUGUUAUCAUUAUCAGUGGCCGUCCUGUUGUAAUUCAACCGCAUCUUGCCUCGAUUGAUGCCCUCAUAGCUGCUUGGCUUCCGGGUACUGAAGGCCAAGGUGUUGCUGAUGUUUUAUUCGGAGACUAUGGUUUCACCGGCAAGCUUCCAAUCACUUGGUUCAAGACUGCUGAUCAGCUCCCAAUGAAUGUUGAGGAUACCCACUAUGAUCCUCUCUUUCCAUUUGGACAUGGACUCUCCACCAAACCAACCGGAGGAAACUAUUAGUCCUUCUGGAGGAAAUAAACAUUUGUAUGUUUCACAUUUGUCAGCAACACAAAAGCAAUUACCACGUAACAUAAGUAUGCAUAAAAGUACUCAUAAAGUUUGUACUGGCUUGAUACAUUUCAUGCCUUCUUUACACAAAAGCACGAUUAUACACCACCUUGGUCAAAUAUAAUGGAAUUUUCGCAA